CUCCUCCCCGGAAGCCGGGCUGCGCCGGCGCGCUCUGCUCUCUCUAAGCGCGGGAGUCUCGGUUUGUGGUGGCUUCGUUUAGGCGGCGGUGACUCGGCCGCCGUCUUGGGCUCCAUUUCACGGAGACUUUACGGCCUGGCCAGUUGAGGCGAAAUGGCUCCGGGCGAGGGAGGUGCGGGCGGUGGCCCUGGAGGGGCCGUCGCGACCUCAGUCUGCCGGUAGGGAUCCCGAGGGCCCUCGGAGUCUCUUGGAUCUGCACGUUCUUCCUUUGCUGUCCCUGUGCCCACAGCGAGGAUGAGUUCGGCCUGGGUCACCUCCUUUGAGAAAGAGCAUCUCUGGAUGUAUCUGCAGGCUCUCGGCUUCGAGCCAGACUCAGCGACCGUCGCCUGUGGAAAGAUCGUGUCGCACACGCACCUUGGAGUGAACAUGUUCGACAAGCUGAACCGUGAUGCCUUUCAUAUAGUUUCUUAUUUUUUGUUUCAAACACUGGACCCAUCGCUCACCAAAGAAGUUUUCAAAUUUUGCUGGCCUCCAUUUGACCAAAAAAAUGAUACCGAAUUCCGGAAACAUUGCUGUGAAUGGUUGAAAAAUAUUUCUGCUGAAUGUGGAAAUAGCUUUCCUCAAGUUGUUGGUUCACUAUUUCUUUCUCCUGGUGGUCCUAAGUUUAUUCAUCUGAUCUAUCAUUUUGCAAGAUUUGUUGCAAUAAAACAUAUUAAAACAAAUUCUAAAAAUCCUUCUCUGUGUUUUACAAAGACAUUUAAUACAAAGCCACAAGAUUUGAGCAAGUGCAUUGCUAGAUGCCAUGUAGCCCGUAACAGAUUUUUACAGAUUUUGCAAAGAGAGGAUUGUGUUACCCAAAAAUAUCAAGAAUGUGCACAAUUGUCCGUUAAGCAAGUACGAAAUUUGAGAUCAGAAAGUAUAGGACUGCAAAACCAAAUAAAAAAAAUGGAACCCUAUGAUGACCAAAGUAAUAUACAAGAGAAAAUUAAAAAGGUUUUGUCUUUGUGGGCUUCAGUGAAUGAAACAUUAAGUUUUUUGGAUAAAGAGAGAGAAGUCGUUAGUUCAAUUCUUAGUCUUACUAACCAACAUGCUUUAGAUGGAACUAAUGUUGUUAUUACUAUUCCACCACUAUUACUUGACAGACUUGAAAAACAAAUGUGUCAGUUGCACAUAGGAAAUGUUUAUGAGGCUGGAAAAUUGAACCUCUUAACAGUUAUUCAGUUAUUAAAUGAAGUCUUGAAGGUAAUGAAAUAUGAACGUUGUCAGGCUGACCAAGCAAGAUUGACAAUAGAUCUUCACUACCUUGAAAAAGAAACCAAAUUUCAGAAGGAAAGAUUAUCAGAUCUGAAGCAUAUGAGACACAAAAUAAAAGAAGACCUCACAGCUCUAAGAUAUUCUGUUGCUGAAAAGCAAGGAGAGUGGCAUAAAAAAUGGAAAGAAUUUCUUGGUCUGUCUCCUUUCAGUCUAAUUAAACGUUGGUCCCCAGCUGUGGAUCUUUUACCACCCAUGUCUCCUCUUUCAUUUGAUCCUGCCUCAGAAGAAGUAUAUACAAGGAGCAUUCUUUUUCAGUAUCCUGCUUCACUUCCAGAUACACCCAAGCAGCAUAACCAAGAAAAUGGUUUCAGAAGAGACACUGAUACCCUGGGAGCCAUACAUAAUCUAGCUAACAGUCCUGCCUCUUUCUUGUUGGAGCCAGCUUCCUCAUCAAAUAGAAACAAUGUUACACUGCUGGAGAAGGACAUAAAGAUGAGAACUCCAAAAGAGAAAAAUGAGACAAUUUCUAAGAAAAUACCAGAACAUGAAGUGGAGUACUCUCCAUUAUCCAAUACUGUAAAGAAUACAGGGAGAAGUGCAUAUGGAGGGUCUAUACCAACCAGAAAAAAUGAUCCAUUCCAAAAAGAGCAAGAUCAUCUGGUAGAAGAGGUUGCCAGAGCAGUUUUGUCUGAUUCACCACAGCCCUCUGAAGGAAAAGAAGUAAAAUUAGAGGAACUAAUUGAUUCUCUAGUUUCUAACCCUUUUUUAACAAGGAACCAGAUUCCCCGAACUCCAGAAAACUUGAUAACUGAAAUUAGGACUUCAUGGAGAAAAGCUGUUGAAAUGGAAGAUAACAGAAGUAAAGAGCCAAUUCAGAUGGAUACUGAACACAGAGAAGUGUUGCCAGAAUCCUUCCCUGUGUUGCAUGAUAAUCGGAGCACAGCCAGUUUCCUCUCAGCUACCACUGUAGCAGAUACUGGCCAGUCUCAUUUGCCUGAGGAGAAAGUUGUUUCAGAUUGCCUCACAUAUGGACCUAGGAACCAUGUGAUGGCCAGUCACAUGGUUGAACCAGCAACACAAAAUCAUUCAGAUUUGUUAAAUAAGAAAAUAAUUUGGAAGCAAGAUUCAGAAUGUACAGGUUUACCAACGAAGCUUUCAGAAACUACCCAAAUAGAGACACUGUCCCCUGCUAUAGGCAGUAAGAUAUAUAUGAUGGGUAGUAGCAAAAAGGAAUCUAAUAGAAUAUUGGACUGCUCACAGGCUUCUUACAAAGAAACUCCCCUGCAUAAAACUGUGUUAUGGAACUCUUUUCAAAUUUCAAGUGAAAUUAGUUCUAAGAGUUUUAAGAAUGACGAUUUUGGUAUACUACAUGAAACUCUCCCAGAAGAAGUUGGUCACUUAAGUCUUAACAGCUCUAGUAGCUCAGAGGCCAAUUUUAAGCUAGAGCCAAAUAGUCCUGUGCAUAGUAACAUUUUUCCAGAAGAUAUUGUAGGAGAAAGACAGACUACUCUAGAAAAAGACUUCAGCUUACAGGCUAUUCGCAGUAGAUCUGAGGCUCUGAAGAAAUGUCUUUCCAAGAAGAGAGAAGAAUCUGACCCCUUUAAUUCUGAAACACUUGAAAGACACAAACCAGAAUUGAGCACUACUCACCAAAACAUGCAAACAGAUGAUAUACUUAACUUUUCAGAUAUUCAUGAUUUGUACAUUGACUAUACAAAACCAUCAUUACACAUGUCUCCUGGUGAAAGAAAACAGUCUCUUUCACCACUAAUAAAGUUUUCUCCAGUGGAGCAAAGAUUGAAGACUACAGUACCAUGUAGUCUUGGAGAACCACCUAAUUUAAAAGAAGAAGAACUCUUGAGAAAGAGCCUUGAUUGAAAAGAAUCUCUGCCUGACAUGACAAAAUGAAGCAUUAUCCAGCUAAUUUAACUAUGAUGCACUUAAAACUGAAGCUCUGUCAUCGGAUAGAUUUAUAACUUAAAUGCUUGUUGGAAGUGUAAUACUCUCAAGUCCUGAAAAA